AGUAUGUAAAUUAAAGAACUGUAAACCCGUGCUUUUGCAAACUCCUCCAAUCAAAGCUAAGCGCAGAUCCUUCAUCGAUGAAAACAGUCUCAUUAGCUAAAUUCCAUUCUAAAUUAAAUUUCUUUCUGAUGGUUCGCUUCUCAGGUCAGCCUUCAAUCUUAUUUUGUUUUUGUUCUGCUUUGGCGCAAUUUAUGUGAUCUUUACCUUAAGCAAAAUUUAGCGGUAACUGCGAUGCUCUCUGCUUUGAUACUUUCAAAGAGAAUACCCAGAUGGGUCAAUCUAAAAACAUUCUGUUCUUCAAUUUCUUGCACUAAUAGCAUCCAAAUCAAUCCAGAAAUCGAUCAAAGUAUAGAAAACAGCUUGGAUUUUGAAGCAAAGAUUCAAUUUUUGAGGGAUAAGCUAUACCCUGAUAGCUUAAUCAAGGUUUUGAAGAGCACUAAUGAUAUAAGCUCUGCUGUUAAGAUUUUUAAAUGGGCUUCCCUUCAGAAGCGUUUUAAUCACACAGCAGAUACGUAUUAUUGGAUAAUUUUGAAGUUGGGUAUGGCUGGCAAUGUAGGGGAAGUGGAGGGUUUUUGUCAAAAUUUGGUAAGGGAUGGGAGCCCAGGUGUAGAUUAUGUUCUUGUUUUAUUAAUUGAAUCAUUUGUGAGACAUCGCAGGCUGAAUGAAGCGAUAUGCAUUCUUGUUAACAUGAAUUUGGGAGGUUACAAGCCUUCCAUUAAUAUAUUUAAUGUUAUUUUGGGAGCUCUCGUAGAGGAAAGGAGAGGUUUCCAAGAAGUGGUCUUUGUUUACAAGGAGAUGGUGAAAGCAAGAGUGGCACCUAAUGUUGAUACUUUGAAUUAUCUAUUGGAGAUUUUGUUUGAGAUUGAUAAGGUUAGUUCUGCUUUAGAUCAGUACAGGAGAAUAAACAAGAAAGGGUGUAGUCCUAAUUGUAAGACUUUCGAGAUAGUUAUUAAAGGUCUUAUUUUGAAUAAACAAGUUGAUGAUGCCAUUAUUAUUUUGGAUGAGAUGCAAAAAGUUGGCUGUCUGCCAGAGUUGAAUUUUUAUACAUGUAUAAUACCUUUGUUUUGCAGGGAAAAUAAACUGGAAGAGGCAAUUAGGUUGUUUAGGAUGAUGCAAACCUCUAAUUUGGUUCCAAAUUCAUUUAUUUAUGAGGCUCUGAUACAAUGUUUGUGCAAAAACCUUCAGUUAGAUGAUGUGUUAACGCUUCUUGACAAGAUGGUUCAAAAUUGUUUGACACCAGAUAAGAAUGUUCUUGUGGACAUUGUAAAUGGGUUUUGUAGAUUAGGAAAGAUUGACAAGGCUGUGAAGUUCUUGGAAGAUAAACUCAUACUUGAAACUUCUCCACACAAUGCGUUGCUUGAAGGUUGUUGUGAUGCUGGUAGAUUUUUUCUGGCUAAAGAUCAGCUUGAGAAAAUGUCUAAGAGAACUGUAGCUGAUUGUGAUUCUUGGAAUAUCUUAAUCAGGUGGCUUUGCAAGAAGGCAGAUGUUAAGAAAGCACAUGAACUUCUUGGGAGGAUGAUCGUAUCUUCACUGGUUCCCAACUGUGCCACUUAUUCAGCUCUUGUUAUUGGUCUGUGUAGGUUAAGCAAGUUUGAAGAUGCUCUACAACUCUUCCUGCAAUUACAAGCCAAAUCCUGGGUUUUAGAUUCUCUAUCUUACUCUGAUCUUAUUGAAGGACUUUGUAGGGUAGAAAAGUAUCUAGAGGCUACCGAAGUGUUUCACUACAUGUUUUCAAAUAGAUGUCCCCUCCAGUCAUUCUCAUUUAGUUUGCUGGUCAAGGGUAUCUGUAACAAGGGAAUGGUUAAUGAAGCUGUCAGCCUACUGCAGAUGGCUUUUGAUUCUGGUAUUUCUUGUGACAAUGCAACUUACAAUAAUAUCAUGCUUGGCUUAUCCAAAACAGACGAAGGAAGAAAUCUUCUAGUGUUUCUCUCACAAAUGCUGGUUAAGGGCUGCAAUCUUGAUGCAGAAGCGUAUUGCAUUCUGAUAAAAAGCAUGAUUGCACGGAAUCAAAUAAAGGAUUGUGCUUUAAUUUUCAAUACUAUGAUUAAUGAGGGUUUGGUACCUGACUCAGACAUGCUGCAUAAUAUGUUAUCAUGUUUCGCUAAUCAUUCUAAGUUGCAUUUGAUUUCAUCUUCAAUUGAUAGACUUGUUCCUAAUUCUGAAGUUCUGGAUUCAACCAUGUAUAACAUGCUGGUUAAAGGUCUCUGGAAAGAGGGCAAUAAGAAUGGAGCCCGUCAAUUAUUGGAUUUGAUGUUGGAGAAGGGUUGGAUCCCUGAUGCUACUACUCAUAGAUUGUUGAUUGGAUCUGUUGAUAGGGUGGAAAGUGGAGAGAAAAUGUUGACAUAUGAAAACUUUACCAUUAAAGAUAAUGUUCUUGACAUACUUGCUGAGGGCCUGGGAAAAACGUAAAAUUGGCAUUUUGAUUAUACCGACCGCUCAAUUUCUUCUUUCAAGGAAUUGAAAUAGUUUUAUCAAUUCUUUUUUAUGGCUGUCAUGAGUAGUAUGUGCAUAGUGUAGAUGUAUUAAUUCUAUUAGUGAUUUUUCUGCUGUAUAAAAUCUGUAUUAUGUACAAUGAUCUCAGACAUUCCAAAGGCAACUGACUCAACCUCAUUUUCAGGAAUGGCAAGGGCUUUUGAAUACUCUGCUUCAUUUUUCUAUAUCUUAAAUUCAUUAUUGAUUAAUGUGAGUUUAAUCAGGAAUUGCCAGAGCAAGUGCAAAGGGACAUUUUGCAGUGUGCUGCCAGAGAAACUGGCAAGCUUUUGUAAUAACCAGCAUCCUUUUGAAACUUAUUUAUCCUUUCCAUGUUGCUCAACUGUCAAUUCCGCCUUUUGAUGGUAUUUAAAAAGGCUCCUCUAUUUGUCAUUAGUUAUCUGAACAUGUUGGAAUCGUCGACUGGAAAAUGACCGUGGGAUGACUUCCAACCAGGGUGCAGGUGCUUCAUGAUGAGGAAAAGAUAUGGCAACAAAUUGAUUGCAAUUCCCAUAACAGAGUGAUAUUAUAGAGGCUUUUUUGUGUUUUCAGUGGAGUUGAGCCGUCUGAUCCAUUCAAGCUCAAGGUCUCACAUAUAAACAACGGGUCCCCCAUUUUCUUGUUGUGUCGUCUACACGUGAACACCACACCGGUCAUUCAUUUCUUUUAAUUUAAUUCCUCCGUAUUGUGUAUAGUUUGACUUCCACUUGAUGAAAUGUUUCAAGUUACCAAACUCUUAUGCUGGAUUUUGUAUGCUGAAUUUAUAUAAAAACAUAAAAGUAGUGGAUUCGCCUCACUUCA